AUGCUACUUAAGCCCAAGUAUGGCCGCUUUCGCAACGACUCUGUGACCUCCUCAGACGACCUGAUACAGAGCUUAGCCAUGAGCGGGAAGGUGGCAGCCACAACAGUGGCUCCUUCUUCAGUACCAAACUCACCAGUGCCACCCAUGGAGCCCACCAUCCUCACUCCACCCUUAGUCCAGGCAUUGGCUGAGUCUCCUGGCCUGGAUGGUGAGCAGGACAGUGCCACCACCUUCUGCAUGCUCAUCCCCAAGAUGCCCCAGUGGAAGUUCUCCAACUCACUGCUUAGCUGCAGCCCUUCUAGCAGUGCCAGCUCCAGUAAGGAUUCUAACAAAACCUCCAUGGCUAAAACAUCCCCAGCCGCCUCAAGUAUAGCUGCAACUUCCAGCGGUCCCAUGACCAGCCUUGCUGCUGCACUUAACUCCUGUGACCCUGUCUGUAUGGGUCCCUGUUCCCUGCAGGCUGUGAGAAGACAAAGGGUCGUUGCAGGCUCAGCUAGUCCUAGUGGCUUUGGAGGUACAGAGACAGCAGAGGGGAAUCCAGGCAGUGCUGGGAGCUACCGCACAGGCAUAAACCGCAGGACCAGGGUGGAGGGCAUAUGGCUUGGGGGAGAAGAUCUUAGCCACAAAGGCAAUUUCAUCCAUAAGCCCUCGCGGGGCUGGCUGCACCCAGACAACAAAAUAAACAGCACAGGGGCCUCCUACAUUGUCAAGUAUUUAGGCUGUAUUGAGGUGCUUAAAUCAAUGCGUUCACUGGACUUCACUACAAGAACACAAGUGACAAGAGAGGCUAUCAACAGGCUGUGUGAAAUAGUUCCAGGAGGGAAAGGGGUGUGGAAGAAGAAGGCUGCCAACAAAUCCCUUCAUGCUGUCAUGGGAAAGAGUAAUUUGCAUUUCGCUGGCAUGUGUAUUGCUAUCAACAUCUCAAUAGAGGGGCUGAAUUUGCUUGACCCGACAACAAGACAGGUGAUAGCACAUCACCCUAUGCAGUCCAUCUCCUUUGCUUCUGGAGGAGACACGGAUACACCUGAUUAUGUUGCAUAUGUGGCCAAAGAUCCUGUCAAUCAAAGAGCAUGUCAUAUUCUGGAGUGCUGUGCAAACCUUGCACAGAGCAUUAUCAGUACGAUCGGCCAAGCCUUCGAGCUGCAAUUCAAACAGUACCUGCACAGUCCACCCAAAGCCACGCCCAGCCUGGACAGAAAUGUAAGGACAGAAGAGUCAGCAUGGGACGAUGAUGACAUGUUUUUGGAACAUGAUUACUACAACAGCAUACCAGGAAAAGAACCUCCACUGGGAGGAGUAGUGGACUCGAGACUCAAGACGUCAACAGCCUUGCUGGGCCACAUCCACAGCAAAUCACCACAGCCUGGAUCUACAGCUAGGAGAGACAUGCCCUCACUACCUGCAGCUCAGCUGUGUUAUGAAGUGCAUUGGGACAUGGAGAACUGCAGUAGCUCAAGUGUGACAUCUGAUGGGUAUUUGAGAGCAGAUGGACAUCCUACUAGUAGCCAGGAUUAUGAGGAGCACCUAUAUGUGAAUACACUGAACCUGAACAACACAAGACCAUCAUCAGAUGCACAGGAAGAACACAGCCCUGGGAGCCCCAAAAAAGACAUCUUUGACAUGAGACCUUUUGAAGAUGCUUUGCGUCUGCAUGAGGCUGGUAGUGUGUGUUUGCUGGAAGACAAGUGGCCAAGUCCCCCACAUCGCAGAGCCCCUGUAGCCCCGACUGAAGAGCAGCUCUGUCAAGAAGCCUGGUAUCAUGGGCGAAUGAGCCGCCGGGAUGCAGAGAAGCUCCUGAUCCAUGAUGGAGAUUUCCUAGUGCGGGACAGUGCCACUAACCCAGGCCAAUAUGUACUGACAGGGAUGCACUGUGGCCUUCCAAAACACUUGCUCCUGGUGGACCCAGAAGGAGUGGUACGCACUAAAGAUAUGCUGUUUGAGAGCAUCAGUCACCUAAUCAACUAUCACCUGAACAACAAGCUGCCCAUUGUAGCAGCUGAAAGUGAACUUCAUCUCCAGCAGGUGGUGUACAGAAAAUAA